AUCAUGAAGACGUGGAUGCGGGGUUACCCACAGAAAAGACAGUUUUCCUGGGGGAUCCCAACCUAUUAAUGUGCCCAACUCAACAUAUUUGCUUACAUAUAUAACAAUGUAACAUCCUUCUAAUUUGGUUUACAGAUAGAUGGAUUAAAAAAGAGCUAUAUACAAUUAAGUAUGUACCAAUAUUUCAAGAUAUUUGAGUUUAUAGUGUCACUAUAUGUCACUCCUGCAAGAUUCAGCCACUGUCCAGCCACAUAUUGAUGGGGGAUCCCCUAUGAACCCACCCACCCUCUCCCUCCACCCUUUGCUGAUGGCCGGGAGGUGGAGAUAGAGUGCUCAGGGACCUCUGGGCUCCUAAGCCAUGCCCUUUUUUUUAAUUAAUUUAUUUUUUUUAGGAGCCACUGCUACCACAUGACCCCUUUAUUCAUUACAGCCGUUUUACCAUGCACUUCAUUUGUUGCUCUAUUAAAUAUUUCUCAAAUUAAAAACUCAAAUAUUUUAUUCCGUGCAAUUCAUCAGCCGGCCUCGGAGUGAUGAAGGAGGAGUGGGCGGAUGAGGGGGCGCAGUCGUCGUCGUUAAAGAAACCCCUCGCAGUGCGCAUGCGCAUGGAUUUGAAGAGACUACGCCAUAUUGAAUUCCCGUAGGGAAACGGCUAGCAUUUUUUUUUUCCUCCAGCUAGCGGUGUAAAGGGGACACUUUAUCAAUGGUCCUAAUUCGGUUUAAUGUUUAAAUACUUCUCUUUUCAUUAUCCGGGACAAGCGUAGCGACCUUUGAAAAGGUCCAGCAAGCGGCAGCAGAUUCAAGACGGGCUCGCUAAAGUGUUAGUUAGAUACUUGUAGGGGGGGGUUACCAGAGAAAGAAGUUGAAUGGAUCCGAGGGUAGCUUGGAUUCAGCCCGAACAGAAAGGACCUGCGAACGCCUUAUGGAUGCACGUCUGGGAGACCUCUCAGGGAGUACGGACACUCUCCGCUCAGCAGCAGCAGCAGCUCCACAAUCAAAACCACAACCAGUGCGUGAAUUACGCUGCGUUGGAUGUUUUAAAAAAUGUGGCGACCGCGGUGGCAUCGAGCAAGAGCAUUUGCAGCAGCAACGGUAACGCCGCUGCUGCCAGUUUGAGCAACGGCAGCAGCCAUCACAGCAUCAUGAACGGCACUACUACUAGUAUUAACGGCACUGCGAUUUCCUCGCUGGGGAUAGCGCUGUCCAACGGGAACGUACAUAACUCCUUCACCGCCAUGGCCAACACCGUUGAACCAGGUGAGGGAAAAACCCAGCCCCAGAAGACGGGAUCUGUCUCUUCUUCUUCCUCCUCCUCAUCCUCAUCGUCGUCCUCCUCCUCGCAGGAAUCCAGGACGGACAGCCCCCCUUCCAGCUGCUCACUUGAGAGGACUAUGGGUGGAAAUGUAACGGGCAACAUGAAUAAAAACGUCGGGGGUGCCAAUCUGCUUUUCAGCGUGAGUGGCGACAGCAGCGGCAUGGACAAUAAUGUCAACCAUUACCACCACCACCACCACCAUCAUCACCGUCACCUACAGGAGCACCCGGCGUUCAAUUUACAGCAGAUAUGCGUGAAGCGCCAGCAGGUUCACACCUCCACCUCCGUACCUGUAAAUCACACACACAGUCACCACCCAGGCCGAAGGAAAAGUGACAACAAAGCGAGCACUUAUGGGAUGAAUUACUUGCUUUCAAACUGCACUAAUGGUAAUUAUGCGAGCACUUGGACACCGUGGAAGACGAGGAAGUACAACCCCGGGGUCCUCGGACUACACGAGGAGGUGAUGGACUUCUACAACUUCAUGUCUCCUCGGCCAGAAGAAGCAGCUAUGAGGAAGGAGGUGGUGAACCGGAUAGAGAUGAUCAUCAAGGAGCUGUGGCCCACUGCAGAUGUCCAAAUAUUUGGCAGCUUCAGCACAGGGCUGUACCUUCCGACGAGCGACAUCGACCUGGUGGUGUUUGGGAAGUGGGAGCGCCCCCCGCUGCAAGAGCUGGAACAAGCUCUCCGCAAGCAUAACGUGGCAGAACCUUUCUCCAUCAAAGUGCUGGACAAGGCUACAGUGCCAAUCAUCAAGCUGACAGACCAGGAGACUGAGGUGAAGGUGGACAUCAGUUUUAACGUCGAGACUGGAGUCAGGGCGGCAAGCUUCAUUAAGGAUUAUGUUAAGAUGUAUCCAGUGCUGCCUUACCUGAUCUUUGUGCUGAAGCAGUUUCUGCUGCAGAGAGAUCUGAACGAAGUCUUCACCGGGGGAAUCAGCUCUUACAGCCUCAUCCUCAUGGUCAUCAGCUUCCUACAGCUCCAUCCUCGCAUUGACGCGAGGAACCCCAACGAGAACUUGGGCGUGUUGCUGAUCGAGUUCUUCGAGCUGUACGGCCGCCAUUUCAACUACUUGAAAACAGGGAUCCGCAUCAAAAACGGAGGCGCGUACAUAGCCAAAGAGGAGAUCAUGAAGGCCAUGACAAAUGGAUACAGGCCAUCCAUGCUUUGCAUAGAGGACCCACUGCUUCCAGGUAAUGAUGUGGGGAGAGGUUCCUAUGGUGCUAUGCAUGUCAAGCAGGUGCUUGACUAUGCCUACACUGUCCUGAGUCACGCAGUGUCCCCGCUUGCACGGUCAUAUCCCAAUAAAGACUCUGAAAGCACCUUGGGCAGGAUAAUCAGGUUGACCCAGGAAGUGAUCGACUACAGGGAGUGGAUCAUUAAGAAGUGGGGUGGCAGGGAUCUGGCUCGAACAGACAACAGAGUUUCGCCUCCAAAGGAGCCCGUGUCGGAGCAGGAGACCUGCGUGCUCGGUGGCGGUGUGAGUUCAGAGGAGCAGCAGAGGGACUCGGUGUCUCCCCACAGCGCAGACUCCCCCAUGUCCAUCUCCAGCCCCCAUCAACACUCUUCAGCCUCCUCUGUCUCAUCGCUGUCUGGAUCAGACAACGACUCUGAUUCAGCGCUGCCGUGUCCCGUCCCACCGCCACCCCUGCCGCCGUACCCGUCUUUCCCGCCCCUGGGCCUAGCUUUACCACCAGGCCUCAGCAUCGGCACGGGCAAGCCCGGCAUGGGACACCAUCUCCUCAUGCCUCCAGGCUCACAGGCUCGCGUCUCACUGCCCGGUGGUCUAGCAAUGCACUCCAUACCUGGCAGACAGGUGUGUAUAGACACCGGGCUUCCCCCCUUCUUCCACAUGCCCCCCCCAGCCCAUGCUCAUGCCCCUGCCCCCUCCAGCCCCCAGCCUCUGCCCAGCCCCCACUCCAGCCACACACACAAGAACGGAGUAAAGUUCAACGUGAAGGGCUUCCACAACCCGCCGCUGGUCAACAACCCCGUUCUGGCUAACCGCGGACACACACACACUCACACGCACACACAGUAUCACCGCAACACUUGGCGACGCAGGAAGAGGGACAGCCUACCGGUUAGCCUCAGCAGAUAGAAACCACUCCUCCUCCUCCUCCUCCUCCUCCUCACCCGUAACCCCCCCCCACUUUUUCCUCCCUCUCCUCUCUGGCUGCAAAGACCCUGGCUCUUCUUCGUUCGUCUUGAAGGAGGAUGGACAGGCAGACAGAGGACCAGAGACCAGCAGUUUUCACUCUGGGGCUGCCGCGACAUUGGAACAGCAGCCCUCAGCUCUGCAUCUUCCUCCUACUAUCUCUACCUUUUACAUUUCUGCAUGACUUUUGUUCACAGUUUCGUAGUUUCAGUAUUAUGUUACUCUCAGUAUUUUGUUUUCCUCAUCCUGGUUUCAGGUCGGUUCCUGGUGUUUUUGUUUGUUUUCGUUGGACUUGGUGGCGAUGCCAUUGCCAAGUUCACUUGACCUCGUCUUGACCCUCGCAGCCAAGCUGCCUGUGGUUCAGUGUUACUUUUUUUUUUUUUUUUACAGUUUAUACACUUUCAUUUUGUGCAAUAAUGAUAAUUUUCUUUUUGGAACUAAAGUAAAUGCUUAUUUAAUUUUGUGUGUGUAUAUGUAAAGGCAUUUUUAUACUGUUUUAUUUUUGUAGAAUUUUAAAUUUUGUUUACGAAACCUUUCCCCAGGCAGCAUCUCUGGAGCGUGUGUUCAUCGGUUGUUGUUUCUGUGUAAGUGUGGGAGUGUAUGCGCCUGUCUGUCAUUAGGUUGAGAUGGACCCCGGUUCAGAGCCCUCCCCCACUUUGUGUUGUUUUGUCUGAUAAAGAGAAGUGCGAAUACGGAGCUCCUAUCUCGACAUCCCCUCCAUUUUUCUUGUGAAAAUGGGCGAGGUUAACAUGAGAUUCCUUGUGGAAGAUUUGUUCCUCGGUCCAGUUAGUCUAAGGCAUCCUGGAGGGAGGUGGAGGGAUGGAAAUUGCACCCUGGGAUAGCAGAUAGAGCUCUAGCAGUGCCACCUCGAGAUUGUGUAUGUAUGUGUUUAUCUCUGUGUGUGUGUGUGUGCGUGUCCCUUAUGGGACUGUGUUGUUGCCAUAUUUUGUCAGUCAGGGGAAGGCUGGCAGUGGCCUGCUAGUUUUGUCUCGGCCAUCUUUCUCUCCACUGGAGGCGAUUUUUGAAAAGAAAAGCUUCCAGACAGUGCAGGAUUUUAGGUCUGAAAGAGCCUGUUCUGUUCAACAUAUAUGCUAGUGUGUUUUCAUUUUUGUGCUUGUCUCUUUUUUAUUACAUGUCAUAGGAGGGUUGAGGCCAAGAAGGCAAUGGCUUAUCUGACUUGAAUUUGAAGAUCAAGAUUAGGGUAAGAGGCAGGAAGCCACUGAUUCCAGGUCAGAGAUAUCCUCUUAUUCUCUCUAGUCGAGGGACACAGUUGUGGAAAUCUGAUCCCCGGGCUGAGGUCAACCCUCGCCCGCAGCUGUAAAUCAGUGCAGACCAACACUAAGAUGCUCAGCGAUAAAGUUUUCUCCUUUGUGGUUCUGGACAAAGGAGAAAGGAGGGAGAGGGAGAGGGAGUCUUCCUGAACCAAGGACCCUAGUGAAAGGGAAUUAUAUUUUGAUUCCAUUCAGGAAUCUUGUGUAUAUUUGAUUGCCAGGUACUUCCGCUAAUUGUUUGCAAUGCCUUUUCUUUGUGUUUACUUGGAGUGUGUGUACGUCGUUUUCCGCGAGCGCACUGUGUCACACGAAUACACACACACACACACACACUCACAGACAGGACUGUCGAAGGCUGUGACUCGCCCAGAACACUACACACGCUGGUGUUAUUACUAUGCAAGUGGAUUAUUCUAAUUAUUGUGUCAACUCUAUCGUCUUUCCAUUUGGGUUUUUGUUUUGUUUUUUUCCCCAAAUGACGAACACUGCUCGUUGGACUGGAGUAAUGUUACUGACUGUCAGACUCGCAAGCCAACUCAUGUGAAACUCAAACCGCACCCCCCUUGUAUUUGUAAGAAGGUCCUGACAUGUUUCAAAGUCUAGUUUUCUACAUGUAUCCGUCAAAUGUAAGGAAUGGGGAAUGUUAAUGUCAAUGGUUGGGUCUGGGUCUGUGUAGCGUGUGACAUAGUGAAACGUGUGUGAGAACGUAUUGAGACUCAUGACUUGCCACCACAGGUUUUUAAUCAGAUGCCCGACAGUUCAUGAGAAAGUGCGCCCAGAGAGCGACUUGCACUCUGCCGGUGCGCUUCAGAAGGGGCCAAAGCAUCCACCAACAAUUCUUUACCUUUUUACCUGUUACACAUUAUGUUUUUCUUUUUCUUUAAACUAUAGCAACUCUGAACUCAGUCAAAACUGCACCGGGCAUCAAUUUUUAAUCUCAGAUAUGAAGGGUUUCUGUUUUGACCGAUGGUUCACAGAUGAAGCAGAUUAUGAGCUAAUCAUCAGAGAAAUUCCUUUCAUGUUUAAUGAUU